CUGAGCUUUGAACAGGAAGCCUGUGCGCGCCGGCUUCGUGACAAUGAUAAGCCAUUCGGUGGAAUCCAGCUUGUACUCUCAGGCGAUUUCUUCCAGUUGCCUCCGGUACCAGAUAAGCAAGGCGAACCAAUCAAGUUCGCAUUUGAGGCAGAGUCAUGGAAUCGCUGUCUGGGCUCGACAAUCAUGCUGAAGGAGGUAUUCCGACAGAAGGAGCAACCUCUUGUAACCAUGCUCAACGAGGCGCGCUUCGGAAAGUUGAGCGCAGAGACUAUUCAGGCGUUUCGAAAGCUCUCGCGCCCCGUGCAAUAUACGGACGACAUCGAGCCGACACGAUUGUACCCCACCAACGCGGAAGUGGACGCCGCCAACAGGAUUCCCCUGCGAAAGCUACCUGAGCCCGGCAUGACCUUCAAGUCGUCGGACACAGCGGGCUUUGACGGGAAUUGGCAGCCGUUAUCCGAGCAGGCGAUGCUCGAUUCCCUUAGCAGGAACACCAUCGCCCCGAAGCAAAUCGAGCUACGAGUAAGUGACGCCCGCGUCGGUAAAGCCUCCUCUGAAAUCACCUCUUUAGGUUGGCGCGCAAGUCAUGCUCAUCAAGAACCUCGUACAAGGCGUCCUAGUCAACGGCACCGUGGGUCACGUCAUUGCGUUCAAGACACCGAUCGACGCCAGGCGCGAACGACUGGACAUCGCGGGCAUUAA